UUAAGCAAUCCCACUAGCUUCCAAAUUCAUGAGAAAGGAAAGUGAAAGUAAACUGUUUGUCUGGCUCAGUGCCCAGUUUCAAUUCUCAGAUAAUAGUAACUGGAGGCGCUUUAAAGCAGCUCAAAGGGCAACAGAGCUCAGACAGGAAAGAGGACGAGACGAGACGAGCCGACGGCAGCCGACGGCAGCCGACAGCCUCGGUUUGCAUUUGACAAUCGACAGCACGAGCGAGCGAGCGAGCGAGCCAUUGGCGCAAGAUGAAGGUGUCGGGAGGACUGGCGCUCUGGUGCGCCGCCGCUCUGCUUCUUUGCAUCCCCGCCGCCGUCCGCUGCGCCAUUCGGAGGCUCAACUCUAUCGACGAUUUGAAAAAAGUCAACUUUGGCCAAGCGGUGCCCAAACACAGCCUGCUGCUGCUCCACUGGUUCGCCAACACCGUCGACAUGGACAACAACGACGUCAUACGACUCACCUUUGACCCCAACCUCGGAACGUACGGUUCGCAUCACUACGGAAACUACGAGAGGCUUUUGAACCCGCUGCCUCGGGGAGACUUCCGAUACCGCUACUACACCGUCGGCAAUGUCAACCGAGGCCAAUCGGAUCUUCCCGAUUACGUCCUCGAGCCGCCCGACGCCGAGUACAGGGAAAGAGGAAACCGAGGCCGGAUCGUAUUCCGAGUGAGGGAUCAAGACGGCCAGACCGUAGACCAAGUUUACCUCACGCAGCAUUACGGAAACUCGCACGAGACACGUUACGAUCCCGCCUACACGUACCAGAUCACCGGCAACCUGCUCAGGCAAAUCAGAGCGUUUGCAGUGGGAGCGCCGCAACGCAACGUCUUGGCGGAGCUCGCAGAAGACUUUGGAAGCCACGUCGACCAGUCGCAGUUAUGGCUCCUCACAAUCACAUGGCGUGACCUGGCUUGCCUGGGACUGCUCUUGUACAUGAUCGUGGAGGAGAAACACUUGCAAGGAAAGCUGCCGCCGCCGCCGCCGCCUCAUUGCGUCGUCGACAUUCCGGACCCCGCCGGAAGCCAUCGUCUCGAUCCGCGACGCUGGCCAGGACUACGAGACGGUGUUCGACUUCAAGUGACAACUGGGGAAAAUGGAAGAGCUCGGAUUCUUUGGGGGGGUGUCCCCAUAAACCAGCUUAUGGAAGGUGCCAUGGUGGUACUGUACAAGGACAAUAACAGCCAGGAAGCCAUGUUUUCAAAAGUGAUCCGUAGCGAUUGGGGCGACGUCGACACCUCGGUACGCCUCAAUGGCGGCCUCCAGGCCCGCCUCCACAAGACAAAAACAAAGUGGUGUUUGUGGACAACAGCGGCCGAGGAGAUCUGCAGAGGAGGCCAGUUUGCAAAUCCAGACAAAGUCCCCUUAAGUGGCCACCAGGCAAGUCUCCAACUGUUUGUGAAGGACGGCAAGGCUUGCGCUCGCUUGUUUGUCGACAAGUCAUUCGCAAAUUGGAAAAGGGAGUUUAGCGAGUCCUGGGUGGCCUUCUACGCCAACCCACUUAAAUCCACUCAAGAUUACGAAUGGUGGCGGUGGCAGUGGGCCACAGAAUUCAAAGCGGCGCCCGACGCUCUCGACGACUUCCACGACGUUUACGAGUAUCGCUCCAAUCUGACCGUGGCCCCGGGAAUCCAAGCUCGAUUUAUUCUCAGAAAUGACACGGUGUUGGCUAAAACAUCAAGCUGGCGGUGAUCAUCGCAAACUGCAAAUACUUGAUGAAUGUCUUUUUUUUAGCUGUAUCAAUCUGCUGUAACUGCUGUCCAUGUCUUUUCUAGCAUGUAUUUUCAUUCUUUUUUUUCAAGAUGUCGACUGAACACAUAAAAUUUCAAAUAAUGACC